AUGCUGCCCUGCUUCCAGCUGCUGCGCAUAGGGGGCGGCAGGGGCGGUGAUCUCUACACCUUCCACCCCCCCACUGAGGCUGGCUGCACCUAUCGCUUGGGCCGCAGGGCCGACCUGUGUGAUGUGGCCCUGCGGCCCCAGCAGGAACCUGGCUUCAUCUCUGGGGUCCAUGCUGAGCUGCAUGCUGAGCCCUGGGGUGAUGACUGGAGGGUGAGCCUGGAGGACCACAGCAGCCAAGGGACUUUGGUCAACAAUGUCCGACUCCCAAGAGGUCACAGGCUGGAGUUGAGUGAUGGGGACCUCCUGACUUUUGGCCCUGAAGGGCCCCCAGGAACCAGCCCCUCGGAGUUCUACUUCAUGUUCCAACAAGUCCGAGUCAAACCUCAGGACUUUGCCGCCAUUACCAUCCCACGGUCUAGGGGAGAAGCCGGGACUGGGGCUGGUUUCCGGCCCAUGCUGCCCUCCCAGGGGGCCCCACAGAGGCCCCUUGGCACCCUCUCCCCUGCCCCCAAGGCCACGCUGAUCCUCAACUCCAUUGGUAGCAUCAGCAAGCUCCAGCCCCAGCCCCUCACCUUCUCCCGGGGUGGGGGUGGGCCACAGAGCCUGCCUGUUCCCACGCCACCUGGGGCGGGGACCACUCCUUCUGCUCCACCCGCAAGAAAUCGGAGGAAGUCAGCUCACCGAGUGUUGGCGGAACUGGAUGAUGAGAGGGAGGUUCAGAGCCCUGCACCAGUCCUCACAGGGCCCAGGAAGAAACUCCGCAUCGAGAAAGCCCCACUGACACCCAGUGGCAAUCGACGUGGCCGUCCUCGGAAGCACCCAGUGAGCACCAGCAUGGCUCCCCCUGCAGCUGGGGGUGGAGAGCCCUGUGCAGCUCCCUGUUGCUGCCUGCCCCAAGAAGAGACAGUGGCCUGGGUUCAGUGUGAUGGUUGUGACAUCUGGUUCCAUGUGGCCUGUGUUGGCUGCAGCAUCCAGGCUGCCAGGGAGGCUGACUUCCGAUGCCCAUGCUGCCGUGCUGGUAUCCAGACCUAAGGCCCACCACCAAGGCACCAGAGGACGCAGAACUGGCACCUCCAGAACACUGAUGGACACAGUGGGGUGUAAAUGGGUCCUAAGAAAGGACCCCCUUAUUUCCUUAAUAGGAGGGAAUGACUAUGGGGAAGAACCCAUUGCUAUGGAUACUGAUUCAAGGCCUGUAACAGGCCCUCAUGACCAAGGUGACAUAAGAGUUUUCCUGCCAAAUAUAUUGCUGCCUCCAGGAAGUUGUCAGUGAGCUAGAAAUUCCCAGUUACAAGCUGUACAAGGACACCAGAAUGUCUGAUCAGAGCACCCAUCAAUUGCAAAAGCCUGCUUGCAACUGCUCAAAGAUGUAAGAGGAGAAUUCUUAAUGUUUUUAAAUGGCAUCACCUAAGGCAUUCUGCAAAAACCUAGGGCCUGGUCCCAAAACUUUCUUAUACUAUGGCUAGUCCUGCUGCUGACCAUAAUCACAGUGACCUGGCUUUUCAGUGAUUUGCUUCAAUUUCCAAGUAAAGAAUGAGUAGUUUCACUCA